GCAGGUGGAGCGGACGUGGCGAGGUGGCGCCGGGGUCGGAGAUCGGAGGGGCGCCCAGGCCCGCGGGGGCGAGGGGGAGGCGGCGGGCCGAAGGAAGCCGUUGUGGGGCCCCGGGGCCACGUGUCCUCCCAGCCAGGAAGCUUGUGGUGCAACCGCAGUGUGCUUGAGGCGCCCUCCUGGAACCCCAGCCCCGCCCUGCCCGCUGCGCUCCUCGGAAACUCCGCUCCCCCGACGUGACCGCCCCCACCUGAGGGCGGCGGGGCCCCGGGGAGUGUGGCCCCCGGCAGACCUGGGAGAGCGCCUGCUCUGCGGGGCCUUAGAGCCUGCGAACCAGACAGGGCACGCCUGCCCUGGCCGCUGACACCCCCACCCCCAGGUGAGGGGGAAAGAAUUCCUGCCGUCCAGGGUUGUGGGGACUCCAGUAGAAGUCACUUCCUUUCUUCCUAGCAGGGGCGCUGGGCUUUGCAAGAACACAAUUGGGAAUUCAUUCAUGUUUUCAUUCAUUCAACAAACAUUUAUUUCGGCUUGCCGGUAGUCAGUCCUGAAGUGUCCUUUAGAUACUUUGCCCAGAGGUCGCACCUUCUGAGGAGAAAGGAGUCGGUUGGAAGGUAAAUCGGGUCACUCCCAGACAGCCUUCUAACAUUGGCAGUUGAAAAGUCCCCUUCCUACGCCAGGCCCCCGAAUUGGGCAGAUCUGGGAUGAGACACAGGUGCUCCUUCUGCCAUCCCUCCUGCCCCCCCCCGCCCCCCCCCACUCCCAGACUAUUUCAGAGACCGGAAUGGGGGCAGGGCUCUGGACGGCAAGGGUUGGCACAGAGUUUGGCCAUUCUGACCUCGCUGGUGUCCUCCUUUCUCUGGAGAGUACUGGCCUGGGCUUUCCUGGACUCCCUCAACCCUCAGAAGGCAGAGGUUGUGUGAAUGGCAGAGCUCUGCUUUUGGCAGCCCAGAGGAGACAUUCCAAUUGUUCCCACCCCAGCCCCCAAAGUGGGCUGAUCAUGGUGUCUGGGCAUCAAGGAGGAGCCGUGAGGUGAGCAGCCGGUGUUCGCUGUCCUGAGCUUGGCCACCUGUCAGGCCAGGAGAGUGUGCUCUCUUCGUCUUCCAUGCCAUCCUUCACCUUUCUGGGGAGUUCCCGCAUCUUCUUUUCCCUUUUGGCCUCAGGGCAGUUGUGUGGUAAGAGGUGUGUGUGUGCGUGUGUUUAUGUGUGUGCACGUACACGCAUGUGUAAAUCAUCCUGGUGGGAAGAAGUGGCAGUGGUGGUGGUCCUGAGUGGAGAGCAGCUGAGCUAGAAAAGGAAGAGCCAGCCUUCUACAUCAAAGUUCUAAAAAGUCCCCUUACCUAUAGUCUAGCUGGUUUUGUGACUUUAGUCAGGUGGCCGUGGGAGGGGCUUCCUGGUGGAGGAACAAGUGUAACCAGACUCUCGACUUCCCUAGAAGGGGUGGCUCCCUCCUCAACUAAAAAACUCAGGACUGUGAUUGCACUCCAGGGCACCAGGGAUUAAAUGAGAUGACCUAUAUUAAUAGGAUGAAUGUUUUCUUUCUUUUUUUUUUUUUUAAAUUUUUUUACAUUUAUUUAUUUAUUUUUGAGAGACAGAGAGAGACAGGGUGCAAGCGGGGGAGGGACAGAGAGAGAGGGAGACACAGAAUCCGAAGCAGGCUCCAGGCUCUGAGCUGUCAGCACAGAGCCCGAAGCGGGGCUCAAACUCACAGACCUCGAGAUCAUGACCCGAACCGAAGUUGGACACUCAACCGACUGAGCCACCCAGGUGCCCCUAGGAUGAAUGUUUUCUGUUCAGCUUUUCUCUUCUGUUGAUAAACCUCUUUGAAAGGGAGAAGAAAGCAAUCCUUUUCUGGAUUUCUUGGGCUUCAGCCCAAAAGUCUGGUAAUCUCUUUUGUUUGAUUUUGUGAGUUUUGCUGUUCUCCUGGCUCUGCUGAUAAAGCAGGAGGAAAUGGGCUGAAAAUGCAACCCAAAGGGUUCAGGGAAAGGCAUAAUUUCCUGAGGUUCUGGAAUGGUCAGUGAAAAGAUUUGGGUUCUCAAAGACCUUUGCAAACAGGGGGCAGCCCACAUUUGUGGAAUGUUUGGUGUGUACUAUAUCUAAAAGGCAGGAGCAUAGACAUGGGACUCUCAUAAUUCCUACCCACCCCCCCCCCCCGAUUCUGUUAAUAGUCCCUGAAUAGCCCCUGACUUGUUCUGUGACUCAGUUUCCCCAUUUGUAUGAGGAAGUUGCUUGUUCCUCAGGUGGUGAGGGUUGUGCAACAAGUCUGUGCAGGUUGUAAGGCGUGGUGACAGUUCUGAGUAUUCUGGGUCAUUGUCCUCACCAUGACAGAAUCUGUCACAUCCUUACUUGUGGGUUCUCCCCGCGAGUCGUGUCUGGGGCCCCUGAGUCCUGGCUUUUACUAGUCCCACAAAAGCCAAUCUGGAGCUCUUAAGAAGAAGGCAGCCAUCUCCCCCUUUCAAGCAACCCACUUUCCUCCAGCGGGCUGCUAAUUCUUUGCUGGAGUGGCAAACACUGAUACCAAACGCUUUUGCUUCCUGGCCCCUUUUAGAGUCAGCUUUCUGACAAAGUCCUCUCUGACCCUGGGCAUUUACUCAUUCAUAGGUGACUUAUUGUUAUUUUUCUCUCUUCCCCAGCCUCCUGGCUCUAGAUACCACUAGAGCCCAAGGGGCUCUGCUUUUAGCUUGGGCAGAACUAUUGACCUGGCUCAACGGGGAAAAAAAGCCUGAGCAGGAGUGGGGGUAGGGCAGAGAUCACCCAGUUGCUUUGUAUUGUCACCGAAUGCCCCUCAAGCUGCUGAGGCUACCAGUCUGUCCCCUACUGUAGGCCAGGGAGACUGUCCUGAGUCAGUGCUUCCUAUUUGGGAAGUGGGAUCCUUUGCUGGAGCCCUGGAACGGUUCCCGUGAGAGAAGUCAGACUUCGGAUAUAUUGCAGGGGUGGAGGGGGGGAGGUGCGGUGAGAGAUGCAUCGCUGUAGAUCAUCCUGAAGUAUCAGGAACUCUCCAGCUCAGAGAUGGAUUUAUUCUCUAUUUUACCUCCAGGAGAGGAGGCUUUUACGUUCGUAUCAAUUUCCAGAACUCUCUCAUGCUAGAACGGUUUUUUUCCAUUUAGAGAAUUAAUGGACUGAGUCUAUUUAUCUUAAUCAAGGGAGGCAGUGGUAUGCUGGCUGUGGGGAAUAUUUGGUCCUAUCCUCUUGCUUGCAGUCCUGAAGUCCUGGAAACUCCUGAAUGCAGCAUGGGGCCUUGCAGGGGUUUGGGGCGGUAGUGGGCCAAGUUGAGAUGUGAAAGGUCAGGAGUCAAAGUUAUGGGGAUAUAAGAUCCCUGUCCUGGGGCUGGUGAAGUUCCAGUGCCCACAGUCUGAUGCUCUUAGGCAUUCUUCACUGUCCCGAAGUUGUAAAUAAACCCGUUGCACAAUCCGCAGCCCAGAAUUCACAGCCCUUAGCCCAGAAAGCAGCUGGGCCUUGGAGGUGUUUGCUCACGACCUUUUCUCUCGCCACACCCUGGGGCUCUUGGGAGGAGCUGAGGUCUGAGCUGCAGUGCCAGGAUGCUGCCUCUGUUGGUGCGGGCCUUCUGCUGCCUUCCUGGGUCCCGUCACAUCCUUCUUGCUCAGCCAUUGCGUGCUCAGCAUGGAAACUGCCGUCCCCUGUUUGGAAGGCAGCACAUGGCUUGGCUUCACGGAGUUGUGGUUGGAGACUGAAGCGGCCCCUCUCUCAGACUCUCUGUAGCCGGUCUGUAGGAGGAAAGGGAAGCACUCCAAUGCCCUGCAGGUUCGAGAAGAUGGAAGGACAAGUGGUAGGCACGAUGCUCAGGCUGUUCCGCAACCGGCUGCCCCGACUCCGAGCAGGAAGUCGCCAGGACAACCUGAGGGAAGCUGUGAAGGAACCAGAAAGGGCCCCGGAGCACUGUCUGUCCACCUUUGCUGGAGGGCAGCACUUCUUUGAAUACCUCUUCGUGGUUUCCCUCAAAAAAAAGAGUUCAGGGCAUGACUAUGAGCCCACCAUCACCUACCAGUUUCCCAAGCGAGAGAACCUGCUCCGGGGCCAGCAGGAGGAGGAGGAACGGCUGCUCAGUGCCAUCCCCUUGUUCUGCUUCCCAGAUGGGAAUGAGUGGGCACCGCUCACUGAGUACCCCAGGGAGACCUUUUCCUUCGUUCUGACCAACGUGGAUGGGAGCAGGAAGAUUGGAUACUGCAGGCGCCUCUUGCCCGCCGGCCGUGGCCCUCGCCUUCCCAAGGUUUACUGCAUCAUCAGCUGCAUCGGCUGCUUCGGCCUGUUCUCCAAGAUCCUGGAUGAGGUGGAGAAGAGGCACCAGAUCUCCGUGGCCGUCAUUUACCCGUUCAUGCAGGGCCUCCGAGAGGCGGCCUUCCCUGCCCCCGGGAAGACUGUCACCCUCAAGAGCUUCAUCCCCGACUCGGGCACUGAGUUCAUCUCCCUGACACGGCCCCUGGACUCCCACCUAGAACACGUGGAUUUUAGAUCUCUGUUGCGCUGUCUCCGUUUUGAGCAGAUCCUUCAGAUAUUUGCCUCUGCAGUGCUGGAGAGAAGAAUCAUCUUCCUGGCAGAAGAUCUCAGCACCCUGUCUCAGUGCAUCCACGCUGCCGCCGCGCUGCUCUACCCCUUCAGCUGGGCGCACACCUACAUCCCCGUUGUCCCCGAGAGCCUUUUGGACACUGUCUGCUGCCCCACUCCCUUCAUGGUCGGAGUACAAAUGCGCUUUCAGCAGCAGGUUAUGGAUAGCCCCAUGGAAGAGGUCCUAUUGGUGAAUCUUUGUGAAGGAACCUUCUUAAUGUCAGUUGGUGAUGAAAAAGAUAUCCUACCACCCAAGCUUCAGGAUGACAUCUUAGAGUCUCUUGGCCAGGGGAUCAAUGAGUUCGAGACAGCUUCCGAACAGCUCAACGAGCAUGUUUCGGGCCCAUUUGUGCAGUUCUUUGUCAAGACUGUGGGCCACUAUGCUUCCUACAUCAAGCGGGAGGCAAACGGGCAAGGCCGCUUCCAAGAACGGGCCUUCUAUAAGGCUCUGACCUCCAAGACCAACCGCCGAUUUGUGAAGAAGUUUGUGAAGACACAGCUCUUCUCCCUUUUCAUCCAGGAAGCUGAGAAGAGCAAGCACCCUCCUGCAGGCUACUUCCAACAGAAGAUACUUGAAUACGAGGAACAGAAGAAACAGAAGAAAUCAAGGGAAAAGACUGUGAAAUAAGAGCUGUGGUCAAAAGCGGGGGACUGGACUCACGGGUCAGUUUUGGACUUUGGCCCCUGCCAGCACGGUGGGAUUGGCAAAGCUCGCAGCCCCCAGAACCCACGGCCUUCUUCCGAGUCCUGGUAACCAGGUCUGGCGUCAAGCUGGUGUCUUGGGUCUGGGAUCCCUGGAAUCAGCUUUCCCAGGACCGUGGAAGGCUCGGACCUCCGUGCCCACGGAGCUGGGCUCAAAGCUACAUUUUCUGCGCAGGUGACACAGCACAGUAGCACAGGUGCUGUGGAGCCUUAGAAGUUGCUGUGAAUGCCCUCUUCCAGGAACCACUAUGAUGAAGUCCUCAACAGGGAAAGUACUUGUGGCCCAAAGGCUUAGUCUCUCCACGUAAAAAAGAGGUCUGUGGACAUAGGAAGAUAAGAAUAAAGAUGAAAGUCUU